AUGUUUUUCGAUUUCUUACCGGUUCCAGCUCUGCCACAAGGAUUUUGUGCUGGUGCUGUUGACAACAGUAAUUUGCAAUCAGAUGCUUGGUGUGUUACUUAUUUAAUUGGAUUCGAUUCACCAGAUCUUAUCCGAACAGUAGUUGUUCAAGGCACUGCUUCACCAAUAGGAACUAUUUUUUCAAAUCACUCAGUUUUUCCAUACAAGAAAAAUCUUCUUUAUCUAUUGAUAGCUACUCGUGAUGUUCAUCGUUCGACUCGAAAUGGAACUUACAUAAGGUUUAUAGAUGCUUCAACUAAUACAUCAGUACGAGUAUUUGAUGCAGGAUGGGCACCAAAUAUAUUAUAUUAUGGAAAUACAAGCAGUAUCAUAACCAGUUAUUCAUGGAUUCCAGAACGUAGUUAUUAUGUUCUUUUUGAUAGUGGAGUGGUCAGUGGAAUCGAAUUUUGUGGUUCUGAAUCAGCUCCAAUAGCUGAUCCAACAUUUUGGACUUUCAAUAUAUGGGAUCCUGGUUAA